AUGGGUUCGGAAGCACUGGUUGGUCUUGACCUUGUUUUCACUGGUGAUAUUUUUUCACAGUAUUCUUCUGCUCUGUCCUCUGGGUUUUCGUUUCUUUGUGUGGAUUUAUUCCAUCCUAAAUUAGUAUCUGAGGGGAAAUCAAGUUCUGGUCCUAUACCGCGCUCUGACCUGGUAUAUGAAAAAGAUGGCAAAAGCAUCACAAAGUCGCUGGUUGGUAAGGUUUCGACAUCUAUUGAUGUAGAUUCCGAUAUCAUGCCAAUUCGCAUAUCUAGUUCUCAAACCCUCAUGAAAGAACUUAGUUGGGCUGCACACCUUGGCUUACCUGCUGUCAGUAUCAGAGUAAACCGUCCAACCAAUCCCAAUUUGGCGCGAUUGCUUGUAAAUUUCAUACGUGGUGAAUACAUUCCUAUUAAGAUAUGGCUGGUGUUUCCAAUGACAAAUGAUUUCACCAGCACAGCUAAAGAUGAAAAGGGAGACAAGGAAUCAGUCUCAGAAUCAUCACUUUCAUCACCUUGGCAUUGGUGGUUGCAUCUGUCUACCAUGACUGCUGAUAUCAUAGAUGCUCUUGGUAUCGUGCUUGAGCUGCCGAAUGAUUUGCCUGAUGAGUUAGUAAUUUCGAGGUGGUUCAGCGAACCUAUAGUUUGUCUGUUGAUCCGUACAGACCUAUUUUUGACGAAUGCUAAAGGUUACCCUGUAUUACCAAAAAGUCAUCAACAUAUCAUUCAUCGUUUCUUCAAGCUCAAUAUACAAAUCUUACUAACUGGUGCUUGCCGACACGAUAAAGGCUAUAUAGCUUAUCAGCAGUAUAUUGCAUGGCUUUGGAAAUCUCAAGAUGCUCCCGAUCUGUAUGAAGAGCAAUCAAAAGGAUUAGAAGAUCAGUUGCAGGAGCCGUUACAACCACUCCGUGAUAAUUUAUCGUCUACAACCUAUUCCAUAUUCGAAAUGGAUCCAUAUAAAUACCAAGCAUAUGAGAAUGCAAUUUAUAAAGCUCUAUAUGAUCGAUCGUCCAAAUAUAAAUCGGAUACAAUUACUGAACAUAUCCUAAAUAACCAACCACAGUCUUAUGGGCAACCCAACGGACUUCUUGAUAACAAUGAUGCUAAUGAAUUCUACAACUAUCAAGUUGUAAUGGUGUUGGGUGCCGGUCGUGGUCCACUUGUCAAUGCAACUAUCAAUGCUUCUAACAGAGCUCACUGUAAAGUGCGUAUUUAUGUAGUUGAAAAGAAUCCAAAUGCAUUGUUCACAUUACGUUCAAGAAUCAAUAAUGAAUGGCGAGGUUUAGAUGUACACUUGAUUGAAGGUGAUAUGCGUGAAUUCAAGACACCAGAAAAAGCUGAUAUAUUUGUCAGUGAACUACUUGGUUCUUUCGGUGAUAAUGAACUAAGUCCAGAAUGUUUAGAUGGUGCACAGUCAAUGUUGAAAGAUGAUGGAAUCAGUAUCCCAUGUUCAUAUACAUCAUACGUAGCUCCUCUACAGUCUCUACAAGUAUACAAUGAAACUAAGAGAUCCAAAGAUGUGACAAACAGAGUUGGUUUCUCUAUGGAAACACCUUAUGUGGUUCGACUUCGUAACUGUCAAAUAUUAGCUUCACCUCAAGUAGCUUUUGUAUUUGAGCAUCCAAAAAAAGACUUAACUGAAUCAAAUGCACGUGAAGUAUGCUGUAAAUUUGAUAUUCCACAAGAUUCUGUUAUACAUGGUAUUGCUGGCUAUUUUGAAGCAGUCCUUUACAAGGAUAUAACACUGAGUAUACAUCCUGAAAGACAUAGCCCUCAAAUGGUAUCUUGGUUUCCAUUGGUUUUUCCCUUCGAACAUCCAAUUCACAUUCAUUCUGGUAGUCGCGUAACUUUGUAUAUGUGGCGUCUUGUAAGCAGUCGAUGUGUUUGGUAUGAAUGGGUUUUAACAGAACCACGUCCAACAAAAAUUCAUAAUUCAGCUGGUCAUGCCUACAAAAUAGCACUCUGA